AGUGUUCGUAUAAUAUAAUUCAAUGUCAUUUAUAUAGGUGCAUACUCCAUCGGGAAUUGAAUGCAGGAAACAUAUAGAAGAACGUACUUGCAAGUUGCCAAUUUAACAUACAAAGCCAGAGUGUGCACUUAGACAAAGUACCCAAAAAAUAAACUCUACAAUUUUCUCUCUACUCUCUUCUCUCUUCUUAGCCUUCAAAUUCACUAGCUAGUCUUGCCUUACCAAAAUGAAGACUCAUGACUUCAUGAACGUUGAGUCUUUCUCUCCCAAGGUUAGACCGAUUCGCCUUUUCGGCUUCGAGUUUGGAACUUCUCAAGAAGAAUCUGAAUCCAGUGAAAGCAUCAACGAAGCCAAUACCACUAACAACAACAAAGACAAGAGGUUCAAGUGCCACUAUUGCAGCCGGAAGUUUCCUACUUCACAAGCCCUAGGCGGCCAUCAAAACGCCCACAAGAGAGAACGUCAACAAACCAAACGCUUCCACCUCCAUUCAAACGCAGCCGCUUUUUUCCACCGCAACCAAUACCACUUUGCUGCUUCUAGGUUCUUCGAGGAUCAUUUUAGCCUUGAAGCUGCUCGCAUCAAUGACGCAAGAUUAGGGUUGUUGCGUAGGUAUAACUCAUCAAAAAGUUUUUAUGAUCAUGACCGUAGAUCUUACCAGACUAGACCGACGUACGGUGGUGGUGGUGGUGAUGGUAAGAGCAGGCAUGAUUUAUUUUACGAGUCCAAAACGAAUGUAACGGACCACGUGAGUUUGGAUCUACGCCUCUAGUUACCUUUA